AUGGACAAAUCUUGGAUAGAGAUGCCUAGAAAUACACCUCAAUAUAUGGAAGGAUUGAAGACAUUUUUGGACUUUUCAUUUGCUAAUAGUAGUGUGAGGGGGGAGAUAGUAUGUCCAUGUCCGAAAUGCAACUUUAACAAGUGGCAAUGUCGUGAAAUAGUGUAUGAACACUUGAUUAUCAAACCUUUUCCAAAAGGAUAUACAGUGUGGCUUCUACAUGGGGAGAGAAAAGGAGCAAAUGUGACGGAUGAAAUACAUGUAAUGCCAAGAGAAAAUGAUGAAGUAAUUCCCGCUAAUAAUCCAAUGUGUGACAUGAUUAAUGAUGCAUUUGGGUAUCAUGAAUACAACGAUGACAUGGUGGAUGAUAGGGAAACGGGUGCAGAGUCAAGCCAUAAUAUGAAUGAUGAUCUUGGAGACUUUUUUCAGUUGAUGCAAGAAGGUCAAGAGAGUUUAUAUGAAGGGUGUGAUAAAUAUUCUAAACUUUCUUUCUUGAUCAAGUUGUAUCACAUCAAAUGUAUGUGCAGAAUAACUAACAAGGGAAUGUCCAUGAUACUAGAGUUGUUAGCCGAUGCUUUUGGACAUGCUAAAAUACCAAGCUCAUUCUAUGAGGCGAAGAAAAUUAUUAACAAGCUUGGUGUUCAUUACACAAAAAUUGAUGCUUGUCCAAAUGAUUGCAUGUUGUACUUUGGAGAAGACGCAAAUAUGGACUUUUGCAAGAAAUGUAAAACAUCUAGAUGGAAGGCAAAAAAGAAAGGUACAAGUGACAGUGGUACAAGUAAUAAAAGAAAAAAGAUUCCUGCAAAGGUUUUAAGGUAUUUUCCUCUGAAGCCACGCUUACAAAGGAUGUUUAUGUCUUCUAAAAUAGCUGAGCAUAUGCGAUGGCAUGCAUCAAAAAGUACAAAUGAAGACAUCUUAAGGCAUCCAAGAGAUUCUAAGGCAUGGAAGACAUUUGACCUUAAACAUCCUCAAUUUGCCUCAGACCCUCGAAAUGUGAGACUUGGUUUGGCUACUGAUGGGUUUAAUCCAUAUGGCAAUCUAAGCACCAGUUAUAGUAUUUGGCCAGUUGUACUCAUACCGUACAACCUUCCUCCUUGGAUGUGUUUGAAACAAAGUUCCUUUAUUCUCUCUAUGAUCAUUCCAGGAAAGCGAGCUCCAGGAAAUGAUAUUGAUGUAUAUUUACAACCACUAAUAGAAGAGUUGAAAGAGUUAUGGAGCACGGGCAUAAAAACUUUUGACUCAUAUGGUAAUGAAGUGUUUGAUAUGCAUGCAGCCGUAUUGUGGACUAUUAGUGAUUUUCCAGGUCUUGGAACUCUAUCUGGAUGGAACACGCAUACUGGGUUGGCAUGUCCUAGAUGUAAUUUUGACACAACUCCUAAGAAGCUUCUUAAAGGUGGUAAAUUUUGUUUCAUGAGUCAUCGUCGUUGGUUAGAUGGGAGGCAUAGAUUUAGACUAGCUCGCAUGAGAUUUGAUGGAACUAUAGAAAAUAGAAAUCCACCUGUGGUAGUGUCAGGAUAUGAUGUCUUACAACAAGUUGAAAAUGUCAAUGUUGAAUUUGGGAAAGAACCAGUACUUGAAGAACGAGCCAAAAGACAACGGGGAGUUAAUCAUGCCAAGUUAGACACUCAACAAUGGCGAAAAAAAAGUAUAUUUUUUGAACUUCCUUAUUGGGUAGACAACUUAUUACAUCACAAUUUGGAUGUUAUGCAUAUUGAGAAAAAUGUAUGUGAUAAUGUGGUGUUUACCUUGUUGAAUGAUAGUUCAAACAAAUGUAAAGACAAUCUAAAAGCACGAAAGGAUUUACAACUUUGGGGUAUUAGACCUGAUCUUUGGCCUGAUGAGAAUGGUAGAUAUCUCCCUGCUAUAUAUACAUUGACAAAUGCAAAUAAAGAUAUCUUUCUCAAAACUUUGAAGAACAUGACUGUUCCAGAUGGUUACUCUAGUAACAUUAGUAGAUGCAUUGAUGUCAAACAACGUAAGCUUGGUGGAUUAAAAAGUCAUGACUCACAUGUUUUGAUGGAGCAACUUUUACCUUUGGCAAUGAGAAAUACACUUCCUAAAGAAGUAUGCUCUAUCUUGGUUGAUCUGUGUAUGUUUUUUAGGCAAUUGUGCAAUAAAGUUUUAAGAAUGGAUGAACUUGACCAACUACAAAGUAGAGUUGUCCUCACAUUGUGCUACAUGGAGAUGUUAUUUCCUCCUUCUUUCUUUACAGUCAUGAUUCAUUUAAUUGUGCAUUUGGUAGAAGAUGCCAAGCUUGGAGGACCCGUCCAAUAUCGAUGGAUGUAUCCCAUUGAGAGAUGGAAUUGA